CGACUUUUACAACAACUAAACCCAUUAAUUAUUAGUGAUGAACAGUUCAACAAAGAAUUACAUGUGCGGAUUUAAUGGAUUUAGACAGAUUAACCAUUGUAAGAAAGAGAUGCAGUCCAAUGCAGUCAAGAAUUUUGUAGAGGACGAUAAUUUUUUCUCAAUUCCACAAGAAAUUAGCACACAAAUGAAGCUGUGCACAUGGUCAAAUUUCUGGGGAAUGACUGAUGACAAGCUGACAUGUUAUGGGUACAAUAGCUCACAGUUAACUACAUAUCUUCAAUUUAACAGAAAGGAAAAAUUAUCAAAGAUGUCAAUGAUAGCUGUAGGAAAAUAUGUACUCAUACACGAUAACUGUCAUACCUUAGUAAUAGAAGAUGAUGCAAAAAUAUGUGAGUUGACAUUAGAUAAAAACUUUGUAGCCCUUGUGGAUGGAACAAAAGAUCAUGUGUAUGGGAUUAAAGAGGAACAGAUUUUUGAAGGACAAAUUGUUGAGACAUCUGGUGAACCUUAUAGUAUGAAAUUAAACUUACAUGUCAUUUCAAAUAAUCACAGUGUGAAGAUGGUAUCUUGUGGGUUUGAACACACACUUCUGCUGACAUGUGGAGGUUCAGUGUUCUCAUUUGGCAGUGGUAGUCGAGGUCAGCUAGGCCAUGGGGAGGUUACGGUUGAUCUUAUUAAAACACCAAGACAUGUAGAAACAUUGUCUGGAAUUUCUGUAGUUUCAAUAGCAGCUGGAGGAUGGCAUUCAACAUCAGUGACUGAUACAGGAGAUGUUUAUGUUUGGGGUUGGAAUGAGAGUGGACAAUUGGGAUUACCAAAUGGUACAAUAACCAGUCAGGAUCUUAUAGCUUCAUAUCACCCAGCAAAGGAAAACAAAAGCUUGUUAAAUCAAGAAACAGAACUUGAUAAGCGUCCAUACCACAGUGAUGUUGAAAAAAGAUCAGAAGAUACUAAAUAUGAAACUGCAUACAAAGUAAAAUGUUCAGAACUACUUAGUUCUGGAAAACAAUUCAUGCAUAUUGAGAAAGAGACUGAUACAAAAAUGAAAGACUUGGAUAACUGUGCUGAGGUUUCUGAUGAUUUUACAGAAACUGAUGGGAAAACUACUGUUGAUAAGGAUGUUACAGAUGAAAAUAUAAUUUUAAAAACAGAUCAGGAAAAGAGUAAGGAUGAAGAAUGUUCAGAAAGAAUAAAAAAAAUUCCAGACUGUGACUCUAGUUUUGAAGGAGACUGUGUUCAUCAAAAAUAUUACCAGUCUAUAGACUGUGUCCAGGUACAGACUGUGCCAUACGGUUUAGAUUUUCCAGAUGAACUGAAUGUGAAAACAGUUUCCUGUGGAACAAGACAUACUUGUUUAUUAUCUGAUGCUGGUAUAUUAUUGACAAGUGGUUGGAAUGGCUAUGGACAAUUAGGUCAUGGUGAUACUGUAUCAAGGGAUUAUUUUGAAACUGUUACACAUUUUAGUGAACAGAAUGAGUCAGUUAUUGAUGUAAAAGCUCAAUAUUGGAACACUUAUAUUGUUACUGAUAGGAAAAAUAAUAUAGAGAAAAAUAAAAUUGUGUAAAAAAAAACAACACCAAAUUUUAAUUAUUUUGUUCAUAUGGUAAAUUGCCUAGUCAAUGAAUAACAGUAUAACUUUACUUUAUUGCUGACAAUUUGGUGGAAGACCACACUAUCAUGUCAAAUGCGGAAAUUUGGUUGAAAACUACAUUAUCAUGUCAAAUGCUGACAUUUUUAUCAUGUCAAAUGCUGACAAUUUGGUGGAAGACUACAUUAUCAUGUCAAAUGCUGACAAUUUGGUGGAAGACUAAAUUAUCAUGUCAAAUGCUGACAAUUUGGUGGAAGACUACAUUAUCAUGUCCAAUGCUGACAUUUGGUUGAAGACUACAUUAUCUUGUCAAAUGCUGACAUUUGGUGGAAGACUACAUUAUCAUGUCAAAUGCUGACAAUUUGGUGGAAGACUACAUUAUCAUGUCCAAUGCUGACAUUUGGUGGAAGACUACAUUAUCAUGUCAAAUGCUGACAUUUGGUGGAAGACUACAUUAUCUUGUCAAAUGCUGACAUUUGGUGGAAGACUACAUUAUCAUGUCAAAUGCUGACAUUUGGUGGAAGACUACAUUAUCAUGUCAAAUGCUGACAUUUGGUGGAAGACUACAUUAUCAUGUCAAAUGCUGACAUUUGGUGGAAGACUACAUUAUCAUGUCAAAUGCUGACAUUUGGUGGAAGACUACAUUAUCUUGUCAAAUGCUGACAAUUUGGUGGAAGAAGAUAUCGGAUCAAAUGCUGACAAUUUGGUGGAAGAAGUCCAUGUUUAUUUUGUUUAAUGCUGACAUUUUUUUGGCAAUUCUGACAAAUGUUAUUUCUUCUCCAUCGUUGAAGUGACUUUGGUGCAAAAUUAUGCAGUUCCUUGGGAAAAAAAGCUAAGACCCAAUUAUAAACCUAUUCAUGUUUAAUUACAAGUUUAAUGAUAAAGUAAUGAAAGUUAAUCUAGCAACAUUUAAAUAAAUUGAAUGCUCCUGUGUUAUAAAAGAAUUGCAACAAUUUUUUGUUUGAAAGGUAAUAAGAUUUGUUUUGUUUGGUUUUACAGCACAACACAAUUAAGGUCAAAUAGCACUGAAACAGAUUAGAUGAUUUUGGCUAAACCUCAGAUGUUACUAACUUAAAGCAACACAAGGGGUCAAAACCACCUCGCCUGCUGGAGCUAAGAGAUGCAUAAACUCCAGUGCUAGUAAUUCAAAUCCAUUAAGUCACCUCUUACAAUCACUCAGGGAUAAACUGUGUCUGCAAUUCUAAUGCCUUGACCCUUUAAAUGCAGCCACUAAGCCACAAGUAAACACAACAAAAAACAAACAAACUAGUAUUGAUAAAAACUUUUUUUUAUUAAUCAUGGAUACAGAUUGUGGAAAUAAAAUGUGGUACAACUGCAAUAUUUAAAAACAAAUCUGUACACCUAUAUAAAAAACCAGAAAAGAACAAAUAAAAUGAUAAUGCAUUUAACAGAGAAAUAAUGUAUUA